CCUCACUCCUCAAGUAAAUGACACGUGGGGCCACCCCUUUUAGAUUCUCCUCCGGUUCAUCCCCAUCGUUCCCAAAAAAAGAAUUUCGGCUGGGGUCGUUCCCUGGUGCAGCGAUCCCCUGCUCGAGUACCCUUCAUACACAGUGCCCACUUUCCAACAUUCCUAAAAUUCCUUCACCUCUCCUCCUCGUCCUCCUCUCUCACUCGUUCCCCCCGGCCCUCUUCUUUCUAUGUGUUGAUUUAAGGCUCAACCCUUGGACCGUGCGAUGGCAACGAUCGGUACUGCCCCGUGAGAUCUCGCCAUGCCCGGAGAAUCCAAUGGCAGGCCCACCAUCCGGGAUCUCCUCUUCAAUGCUGUCGCCGGCGCCUCUGCAGGGGCGAUAGCAGCCACCUUCGUCUGCCCCUUGGAUGUGAUCAAGACGAGGUUUCAGGUCCAUGGGCUGCCCAAAAUGCCCCCUUCUGCUCGGCGUAGUGUUAUUAUUUCAAGCCUAGAACAGAUAAUAAAAAAUGAAGGCAUCAAAGGAUUGUAUCGUGGUCUCUCCCCAACAAUUACUGCACUACUUCCAAACUGGGCAGUAUAUUUCACUGUUUAUAAUCAGCUGAAAGGCCUGCUUCAUUCACAUGAAGAUGGAAAUAAUCAGCUGUCAAUUAGUGCAAACAUUAUAGCUGCCUCAGGUGCUGGAGCUGCAACAGCCGUUGCAACCAAUCCAUUGUGGGUUGUUAAAACUAGACUUCAGACACAAGGAAUGCGGCCUGGAGUGGUGCCCUAUAGAAACAUGCUGUCUGCUUUUAGAAGGAUUGUGCAUGAAGAGGGUGUCCGAGGAUUAUACAGUGGCCUCCUUCCUUCUUUGGCAGGGGUUAGUCAUGUCGCCAUCCAAUUUCCAGCAUAUGAAAAGAUCAAAUAUUACUUGGCCAGAAGGGAUAAUACCACGGUGGAUAAGCUCAGCCCUGGAAGCGUUGCUAUUGCUUCUUCACUAUCUAAAAUAAUCGCAUCCACAAUGACAUAUCCUCAUGAGGUAGUACGGUCCAGGCUGCAAGAACAAGGCCAGGCACGUGAUACUGCUAACCAAUACACAGGUGUAGUGGAUUGCAUUAAGAAAGUCUUUCAAAAGGAAGGCCUCCCUGGCUUCUAUCGUGGCUGCGGCACAAAUUUGCUGAGAACUACCCCAACUGCAGUCAUCACCUUCACUAGUUACGAGAUGAUUCAAAGAUUUUUGCAUCAGGUGUUUCCAACCUGAGCUGAACCACUCCAAAACCCACCUGAAGUCCAACAUUGAUUGUGAGAAAGAGAGCAAUAAUGGAGGAGAAAGGCUUGGACACAGCUGUUUGGUCAUGUCAAACCCAAUAGAUGAUAUGCUUGCCAAACCAUGUCAUACAGGACGCUGACUGUUAAUUCUUUUCCCUCCAACCUGACCGGAAUAUGCAGGUAGACAGGAAAGAAUGUGAGAGUAUAAGGAUUUUCCCCUCACAGAAAAUGUAAUUGACUAUUGUCUUAUUCUUUUGUAUGUUUAGGAGAUGCAUAGAGGCAGCCAUGCAUGUCGCAACUUUCAGAAUUUAUUUUUUUCAACACCAAUAAAAAUCGUAGAACUGAUUUGCUUUCUAUAAA